UUGGAUGAAUAGCCCAAGAACAGAUCACUGGUGAAAUCAACCAGCAUGCUCUACAGAAAACUGUACAUGACAGAAGUUCCAGGAUGUUUGUUGUGUUUCUGCUGGGCAUAGUCUUUCUGAUCUGCUCAAAUAAGGGUGAAUUGAAGGAACAUCUGACAGAGAUUGCAAAGUCAUGUUAUAAAUGUAAAAAAUAUCAUCUUGGGUUAUGCUAUGACAUCAUGAAGACCUGUACCCUAAAGUACCAACAGUCCUGUGCUGUUGAGAACUUUUACUUCCUUACAAAAAAAGGACGGAGUAUGUAUUUUUAUUCCAAACUGUCAUGUGUGACCAAUUGCGAAGACAUCAACUUCUUGAGUUUUGAAAAAAGGACAGAGCUCAUCUGUUGCAAACAUGCUAGCUAUUGCAACCUCCCUGAGGGAGUCUAGUUCCACACCUUUCCUGGAUUUGGAGUCCUUCUCAACUCACCCUCCCUUUAUCUCUUCCCCCCAAGCCUGUGCUUAAAUCUCAUCUUCCAACCAAUGAGAGAGAGUGAGACAACGAGCUGGUGAAAGUCCCAGGAGAGAGAGAGAGUGCACAGUAGCUGAGUCUUAUUGAGCAUGGAUGACUAGACUAGACUGAAGUUUUGCAAACCCCUGUUGCUCACAUCUGGUGGUUUUGAUUUCCUUAUGAUGGAUAUAGAGUUGCCACAAAUAGAGUUGGGUUUGAAACUGGC